CUUCCUCCCAUUUCCUUUCCCUCCCCUCACCUCCUACCAUUCUCUCCCUUUCCCCUCAGGUUCACGGCCCACCACGCCCUGCACCAGGUGAUCGAGGACAGCCGGGACUCGGUGGUGCUGGUCUUCCUGGAGGACGUGCAGGACUACAAGUUGUCCCGCUGUCUGCUCCUGCGCAGGGGCAUGCUUCGUCCACAUUGCAUCCUCAACUGGCCCCUGCAGAGGGAGAGGGUGCCCGCCUUCCACCAGAGGCUCCGCGUCGCCCUGAGCACCACCAACCGAGUGCAGUAACUUUCUCCAUGCCAUUAUGCUUAAAGGUGUACUGAAAAUUUGACUUAAGCCAAAUCAAAUGUAUUGGUCAUGUACUCAUUUUUCAGAUGUUAUCACAGGUUCAGCGAAAUGCUUAUGUUUCUAACUCCAACAGUGCAGUAAUAACUAGCAAUACAAAACAAAUCCCCAAAAUGUAAAGAAAGAAAUGUCUGAGUUUGGGAUAUGAAUAUAUACUGUAUGUAUUUGAUGGUGUGUAUUUGAUGGUGUGUAUGGACACUAUAUGAAUAGAAAAGGUGUGCACAGCAGUAGUUCUAUAGGAUAUGCCUUGACUUGAAUACAGUGUAUACUGUACAUGUGAAGUGUGUAAAACAGGAUGUAAACAUUAUUAUAGCAACCGGUGUUCAAUGACUUUGUACAUAGGGCACCAGCCUCUAAGGUGCAGGGUAGAGUACCAGGUGGUAGCCUGCUAG